UCUUGUACAUCCAAAGUGUCUUCUCCUUCUGUACCCCUCGUCCCCUCUGGGGCACCCUCAUCUGUAGCUCUCGCCUCUCCGAAACGGCCCCUUCUGCUCGCUCAUUUGUCACCGCCUCAGUCUGGCUCUUGACUUCCCCUUGCAAGCUGAAAGUGACCACCAAACUCAACCUGAAACAAGAGACUCGAAACUAAAGACAAAUGGUAAGUACGACAAAGCUCUUGCACAUUCAACCUCAAGAUGACUUAGCAGCUGCGUUUUUCUGAUGCUCCCAAUUAGUCAUUGAAGAACCCUUCGUGCGAGAGACAAGUUGGCUGUCCCAAGCCACCCCAGGGCUCAGAGCAGUCUCAAACCAGAGACACCGCUGAGGUCUGUGCUUCACUGACUGCCAGGCUCCUGGCUGGGAUAGCGGCUAAAAUCCAGACAGCAAAGACUCUGUCCCUCGCCGAAGGACUGAAGGAAGUCUUCUUCUGACCUUGGGGUUCAGUUUGGUUGCGAGCUGUUGUUGUCCUGCCCUGGGAAAAAACGGAUUCACCCAUCACCUCUGCUCUUCUUUCUAGAGUAAGAUGAAGGUGUUGCUGAGCCUGACUCUGGUGCUGACAUGGCUGGAGCGAGGCAGCGGGUUGGCUGGCUGGGUGCUCAUGGAGCCUCAGCUGCGAGCCAGCGCUGGGGACUCUGUCCUGCUGCAGUGCCUCUUCCUAGACCCGGUGGCCAAGGGCUUGGUGGACAAGGUGGACUGGCUGCGCAUGGCGGGACCCGACACGCAGAAGGAGGAGAUGGUGUUUUAUUACUACAGCAACCGUAGCGUCCCCGUGGGCCGUUUCCGGGGCCGGGCACAGUGGCAAGGGGACAUCUCCCGCUGGGAUGGCUCCAUUCGGCUGCAGAAUGUACAGGUGGACGACAGCGGCAAGUACGUGUGCGAGAUCCGGCUGUUCGAGAACAGCAGCAUCUUCAAGAACUAUACGGUGCUGCACGUCAGCCCCAUGGGACAGAGAGCAGAACGAGGAGCAGCACACACCCAGGAUGCUGCUGCCCCCGGAGACCCUUGGUUUUGGCCUAUCAUCGUAGGGUGUUGCUGCGUGGCUGUUGUGCUGGCUUUCCUGGCUGGACUCUGCCUGAGGAAGAGGUCUGCAGCCAACACGGCCCUGGAGAGGAUUGGAAAUGGCGGCAGCAAGAACAAAGCAGAGGAAGCACUCUACUCCUCAAUCCCUGGAGCUGAGCUACCCAAGGCCGAGCAGGAUGCAGGGAAGAAGAAGAGAGCCGAGGAGACCUACGUGACCAUGCGCUCCUCGCCCUUCCAGGAGAACGGCGUCUACGUGGAGCUGGCCAAGAGGGUGAUCCCAACAGAAUGGAUGGGAGAGGGGAGACAGGGGGGCGGACAAAGGCAGGAACCCUACAGCCUACUAGACGUGGCACUUCCCUGGGCUCCAGAGGGGAGGAAACAGGGGGAUGUGAGCCCCUGAGCCUGUAGGUGUGUGCAAGACAGCUUUGUUCCUCGGGGCAGGCCAGGGUUGUGCUGCCGUCAGCCUGUCCUUUAAGAAGCGGUGUCUCUUCGCUGUGUGCUCCAUGCCAGAGCCACUGCUGCCGCAUGUCCCACGCCGCUGUCUGCCGGGACAAAGACGUGUCUCCCUGGCUCUUGUUCCCUGCUCUCUGGAGGGGGACACAGCCCCCACGCUCUAGCUUUCAUCCUGGCCCGUGCAGCUCCAGGUCCCAAGAGAAGGAUCUCCAAGGAGAGCCUGGCAGGGGGACCAAGGGGGAGAUGCAGCGGGAGCCGUGCAGAAC